AUGUCGCAUGCAAUUACUUCUACAUACGACGCCAAUGUUUCUCACAAAGAGAAGAACAAAGACAUGAUUGACUUCGAGCAAUCCGAGGGCGAAGUUAUCGACCAAACAGACCGCAAACCUGAGCAUGCCCUGACCGUGGAAGGCAACGAACGCUUCCAUCGACUUGGUUGGAAACGCCUUACGAUCGUCCUGAUUGUUCAAUCUAUCGCUCUCGGCAGUUUGAGUCUUCCUUCAGCCUUCGCAACCCUGGGCAUGGUUGCUGGUAUAAUACUAUGCCUCGGAUUGGGCUGCAUCGCCAUCUACGGGAGUUACAUGAUUGGUUUAGCAAAGCUCAAAUAUCCGCAUGUUGCGCAUUAUGUCCAUUUUGGACAGCUUCUCUUUGGCGGAUUCGGCGAAACGAUCUUUUCUGUGGCGUUUAUCGCUUUGAUGAUAUUGACGGUUGGAUCACAUUGCCUGACGGGCAAACUUGCCCUGGCCACGAUCUCUGGUAGCAGUGCAUGUGCUUUAAUAUUCAGUGCCGUGUCUGCUAUGAUCUUAUUUGCAUUUGCGAUUCCGCCCUCAUUUGCCGAACUUUCAAUCCUUGGUUUUAUUGAUUUUGUUUCCAUUAUCAUGGCUAUCGGUGUCAGCAUCAUCGCGACAGGCAUUCAAAGCAACUCGACCCUAUCAACCUGGUCUGCUUGGCCCAAGAAUGACUUAAGUCUCAGCGAAGCCUUCGUUGCCAUCUCAAAUAUUGCCUUUGCUUACUCCUUUGCCGCUGCCCAGCCAUCUUUCAUGGACGAAAUGCACACUCCGACAGAUUUCACAAAGGCGAUUGGUACCUUGGGCGUUACCCAAGUGAGUAUCUACACUCUGACUGGGGCACUCAUUUAUGCGUUUGUGGGACAGGAUGUUGAGUCUCCUGCCUUACUUUCGGCAAGUUCCCUCGUGGCGAAAAUCACAUUUGGGGUAGCUCUGCCUGUGAUAUUUAUUUCUGGCUCAAUCAACACUACCGUUGCUUGUCGUUAUAUUCAUGGAAAGCUCUAUGAAAAUUCUGUGGUCCGUUAUGUCAACACUAUAAAAGGCUGGAUCACAUGGUUGUCAAUUGUUGCUUUGAUCACGAUUCUAGCUUGGGUCAUCGCAGAAGCUAUCCCUUUUUUCUCUGAAUUGCUUUCUAUCUGCGGUGCCUUACUUGUGUCCGGCUUUUCAUUCUACAUUCCUCCAGUCCUGUGGUUUUUCCUACUGAGAGAAGGGAGCUGUUUUGAGAAACGCAAUAUCCGUCAUGCAACCUGCAAUCUGAUCGUUUUUCUUGUCGGUAUUUGUAUACUUGGAUGUGGUCUUUAUGCAAGCAUCACAGAGGUGAUCGCCAAAUUUAAUACUGGAUCUAUCAGCCGGCCUUUCUCGUGUGGCGUCAGCGAGUAA